GAUUCUUCCUAGCAGCGAUAUCUUCGCCUCCAAGACCGCCCACUGACCACAGUGCGAGAGGCUACGAUGGCAGCCAAUACCAAGUACACGCCUGCGCCGCAGCGCGACAGCUUUGAGGAACAGCAGGCAGCACCGCAAUACUCACAAGCCCCUCCCUCAUAUCAGGCCGAACCACUGCUUGGAACACCGAGAGGCGAGGAUGAUAAUGUACCGGAUGACUUCAAGUUCGGCGGCUCCGUUGCAGAAGCCACUCUACCCAUUCGAAUGCAAUUUAUCCGCAAGGUCUACGCCAUCUUGACCGUUCAGCUCCUUCUUACAACUGCGCUCUCCUCCGUUUCCUUCUUCAGCACGCCCUUCAAGAACUGGAUCCAGACAAAUCAAUGGAUGCUCUGGGUGUCGCUCUUCGGAGCUAUCGGAUUCAUGCUAUUGACAUUCUGGAAGAGAAAGAGCUAUCCGAUGAAUCUAGCAUUUUUGGCAGUGUUCACGGGGCUCGAGGCAUACUCGAUCGCGGUCAUCACAUCCUUCUAUCAAUCGCGCAUCGUCCUGCAAGCCCUGAUCUUCACCCUUGGGAUCUUCGUCUUCCUCUCCCUCUUCGCAUGCCAAACGAAAUACGACUUCACGUCCUGGAUGCCAUAUCUCUUUGGUGCGCUCUGGGUGCUGAUCUUGUUCGGCUUCAUGGCCGCCUUCUUCCCCCAGACGAAGGGUAUUGAGCUCGGUUACGGGAUUGUGGCUGCGCUGAUCUUCAGCGGAUAUAUCCUUGUGGACACGCAGCUCAUCAUCAGACACUACCAAGUCGAGGAGGAGAUUGCCGCAGCAAUCAGCUUGUACUUGGACGUUCUCAACUUGUUCUUGGCAAUCUUGAGGAUUUUGAACAGCCAGAACAACAACUAAGAGCUGAGACAAAGUUUGAAUGGGCAUGGCAUAGAUUGAAGCAAAAAUUUGGUCUUCUCUUUGUAUGGAUGAUUACGCAAGCUGUAUCAGAGACUCUUCAGCUCGAAUGUGAUUGCCAAGCGCUUGAAAACCUCACCAGGAUGCUGCAAACAGAAUGGUGUUCGUAAUCUGUUACGGCCUCAAGCAUUAGAAAGGAUAUGAAGUUGUAGUCGACGCGUUUAAACG